AAUUUGGAGAACAAGGCCUGAGAACAGAUAUCGUUCAGAUAUAAAAGGGUCCAGACAGACUUUCUUGCACCAAUCAAGCAGUCACCCUGAAGACAGGAUGUUCUUAUCGGAAUUCAUCUUAACGGGAUUUUUCGUCUGCCUUCUCGGCGGUCUGAGUGAGGGGGCGUUACACCUGUCCAAUUACUAUGGCGACCACAUGGUCCUGCAGCGUGGUCCCCAGCGAGCUGUCCUCACUGGAACAGCGACGAGAGAGGGCGACACCGUCACUGCCCAGAUCGUGGGUCAUGGGUCACCGGUCACAGGUCAGGUUCACAGCGGCAAGUGGAAGGUGAAGCUGCCUGCUGUGACAGAAGCCGGACCUUUCGUCAUCAGGGUCAGCUCCAGCGAGGGACAGGUCACUCUCAACGACGUGCUCUUCGGGGACGUGUGGCUGUGCUCUGGGCAGAGCAACAUGGAGUUUCAAAUGAAUCAGGUAAUGAACUCCGGUGCGGAGUUGCAAAAGGUCAGCCAGUUCCCAACCAUCCGCUUCUUCAAAGCCCAGCACCAAAAGUCCAACACGCCUCUGGACAACCUCAUUGUGGCCCAGGGCUGGAGUCUCCCUAACCCUCAGAGUGUUCAGUCGUUCUCCGCCGUGUGCUGGCUGUUCGCGGAGUACCUGCAGCCUCACCUGAAGUAUCCCAUCGGCCUCGUUGAAGCAUCAUGGGGAGGCACCACCAUCGAGGCCUGGUCUCCCCCAGAAGCCAUUAACGCCUGUCCCGCUAUACACCACACCCAGCAGGAACAGUCUUGCUGUCCACAGAGCAAGCUUGUGAUCUGGAAUGGAAUGAUUCGCCCACUACUCAGUAUGACCAUCUUCGGGGCACUCUGGUACCAAGGGGAAUCUAACUGGGACCAGACAGACAUUUACUCAUGUCAGAUGAAGCAGUUGAUCAGCACCUGGAGGUCAGAGUUCAACCAGCAGUCCAUGGGAGAAACGUCACAAAACUUUCCCUUCGGCUACGUUCAGCUGGCGGGCUACCACAACUCCCAGGAUGUGGGAGCGUUUCCUGUCCUGCGCUGGGCACAGACCGGGGGUCACGGUUACGCCCCGAACCCCGACCAACCCCGUUCCUUCAUGGCUGUAGCUAUGGACUUGCCAGACUUUACCUCACCUUACGAUCCCAUCCAUCCUCGCUACAAGCAAGAUGUCGCCCAGCGCCUGGUGCUAGGAGCACUCAACGUGGCCUACGGUCACAGUGACGUCGCGUUCCAGGGACCGUUCCCCACACAGUUCCACGUGACCGGUUCUGGCGCCCAGAGGACGAUAACCAUCGAGUAUAACAAUGGACGAACAUCGCUGGACAUCAGAAACACGAAGGGAUUCGAUAUCUGCUGCGGUGGAGCGAAUGCCCACAGCUGUGCCGAGCACGGAACAUAUUGGGUUGAUGCACCAAUCACAAGCCACCAAGGCUCCCACGUGACCAUUGCCGCUUCCGGCUGCAACGCCAACAAGGUGCUGGGUCUGCGCUACGCGUGGCGAGAAAGUCCCUGUAACCUCAAACAGUGCGCCAUCUACGCCGCCGACAGCAGCCUACCCGCUCCCCCAUACCUCACCAACACGCUACCCGCUUAAAAAAACACCAUCCGCAACCGUCAUAUCUAAACUGUGAUUAAAUCCUGUCUGCCUGA